UUGGAAGAAGAAGAAGAAGCAGCCCAGUUCCAAGUUGUUCUAAUGGCCACUGGGGAGCACACCCUCCUCUCCACGGAGAUCGUAAACCGGGGUAUAGAGUCCUCAGGACCAGACGCCGGUUCUCCCACCUUCUCGGUGGGUGUUCGUCGUCGUCUGCCGGACUUUCUACAGUCGGUAAACCUCAAGUACGUGAAGCUUGGAUACCACUACCUCAUCAACCAUGGGAUAUACCUGGCCACGAUACCGGUGUUGGUAUUGGUGUUCAGUGCCGAGGUAGGGAGCCUUAGCAAGGAACAACUUUGGAUGAAGCUUUGGGAAGGGACCCGUAACGACUCUGCUACCGUACUGGCUUUCCUCAUCAUCUUCGUCUUCACACUUUCCGUCUACUUCAUGUCUCGUCCUCGCCCCAUCUACCUUCUCGAUUUCGCUUGUUACCAACCCCACGAUGAUCUCAAGGUAUCAAAGGAGGAAUUCAUAGAGCAAGCACGGAAAUCGGGAAAAUUCGACGAUGCAAGCCUUGCGUUCCAAAGGCGGAUCCUGGAGUCGUCAGGGAUCGGGAACGAAUCGUACAUACCUAAAGCGGUGAUGUCUCCGGAGAAUUGUGCGACGAUGAAGGAAGGAAGGGCGGAGGCAUCGACGGUGAUGUUUGGUGCCCUAGACGAACUGUUCGAGAAGACAGGAGUGAGACCUAAGGACAUCGGUGUCUUGGUGGUCAACUGUAGUCUCUUCAACCCUACACCAUCACUCUCGGCCAUGAUAGUGAACAGGUACAAGAUGAGAGGAAAUAUUCUGAGCUUCAACCUUGGGGGAAUGGGUUGCAGCGCAGGGAUCAUAGCACUGGACUUGGCCAGGGAUAUGCUCCAAGCCAAUUCCAAUAACUAUGCCGUCGUUGUCAGCACGGAGAUGGUGACCUUCAACUGGUACUCUGGUAAGAACCGUUCCAUGCUCAUCCCCAACUGUUUCUUCCGCAUGGGUUGCUCCGCUGUCCUCCUCUCCAAUCGCCGUCGUGACUUCCGUCGUGCUAAAUACCACCUCGAACACAUCGUCCGCACUCAUAAGGGCGCCGACGACCGCAGCUUCAGGUGUGUGAUCCAGGAGGAAGACGAGCAACGGGUGAAGGGACUAAGCAUAAGCAAAGAUUUGAUAGAAGUAGGAGGGAAUGCACUGAAGACUAACAUAACUACGCUUGGUCCACUAGUCCUUCCCUUGUCCGAGCAACUCCUCUUCUUCUCCAGCCUCGUGUGGAGUUACUUCUUCGGUGGUGGUGGUGGUGAUGGUGAGGAGUCUAAGAAGAAGAAGAAGCCCUACAUCCCUGACUACAAGUUGGCGUUCGAACACUUCUGCGUGCACCCGGCCAGCAAGAGCGUGCUGGAUGAGUUGCAGCGCAACCUAGAGCUCAGUGACUCCAACAUGGAGGCGUCACGGAUGACGUUGCACCGUUUCGGUAACAUUUCCAGCAGCAGCAUAUGGUACGAACUGGCCUAUCUGGAGGCAAAAGGAAAGCUGAAGCGUGGUGAUCGCGUCUGGCAGAUCGCCUUUGGAUCGGGCUUCAAGUGCAACAGUGCCGUUUGGAAAUCCCUGCGCCGAGUCCGCAGACCCACCAGAAACCCAUGGUCCGAUUGCCUUGAUCGUUACCCAGUCAUCCCUCACAACUCUACUACCCUCUAGAAAGUCUUUCCAUUAAA